AUGGCGGCGCCUCAGCGGUUUCGUGUGCUGCGGUGCUAUAGCUGCCGCCUCUUCCAGUCGCACCAGGAAAAGAAGAGUCUCAAGUGGACAUGCAAAGCUUGUGGAAAGAAGCAGUCAUUUUUGCGGACUUACGGCGAGGGUUCUGGUGCUGACUGUAGACGCCAUGUCCAAAAAUUAAAUCUGUUGCAGGGACAGAUUUCAGAGAUGUCACUCAGGUCUCUGGAAGAACCUGUAAAUAUUGACGAAGAGGACAAUGCAGAGCCUCAGCAGGCUGAGCAUGUGAGUUCACAGUCCUCAGAGAACCGCUGGCUGAAGUAUCUGGAAAGAGACGCAGAAGAACAGGGGAUGGAAGGAGGAGGAGUGUGUUUCAAGACACAGCCCUUGUCCAGGACAGAGAAGACGGACCCUCCCUUCAACACAGGCCUGCCUAGAAAAAGGAAAUGGAUCCAGAGCACAGACCGUCCUCCACACAGCCCUGAUGUCUGGAACCCGAGUGACUCUGAGAUUCCCUUGGAGCCUCAGAAGGACCACACUGGCUUGAUGGGGAAGGUCAAAGACAAAAGCAGUCACAAGGACCGGGGCACCAGGGAGCUUUUUGUUCCUCAGGGGGAUCCUCCACAACCUGCCCACCAUGUCAGGACCAUGCCUUCCAAGUGGGAACGAUUCCUUCAGCCGCCUGGAAACAGCCAAUGUGUGGACAUGGAGCCCCCAGUUCCUUUGAAUAGAGACCCUAGGCCAGCCGAGGUGGCACUGACUGAGCAGGGGACCCUUAGGGCCCAGACCCCAAGGGAGAGGUACGUCAGCAGGCCCCAUGAUGCACCCGAGCUUCUCUGGCUCACACACACGCUCACAUCCGGCUCCCAGAGGCCCUGCGUAAAGACCACCAAACAGCCAUGGGACACCAAUCCUCUGGCAAAGGGUGGGUCCUUAGCCACAGGGGCACAAGAGCCCCCACUUGUGCAACUGUGUGACCUCUUUAAAACUGGGGAGGACUUUCAGGACCACUUGUGA